CACCGCGCGUGCGCUCCACGCACUGUCCUGCACCUUUUCCGUAAACUUCUAAACAUUCACGCGUUUCCUUUUUAACCUCUUCAUGUUUAAAAACUACCACUUCUUCCUCAAAUGAGGGUUCGCCAGGUUUUUACAGUUGUUAUACUCGCUGUCGGGACACUCGUCUCUCCUGAGUGUUAUCAAAAUGUCAGCUCGGGGGAAGCUCGUAAGUUGAAUGACUUUACAGUUGAUUUCGGCUCGUUCAGAGAGAAGUUUCACCGCAAGUAUGAAGUCAGCAGCGAGGAAUUUAACCGUCGUCAACAAUACUUUCAGAAUGCCACACAGCGGCACACAUUCCUGAACUCAUUUUCCACAGACCCACAGUCAGCCGAGUACGGCAUCAACCAGUUCUCAGACCUUUCACAGGAGGAAUUCAAAGAUCUCUAUCUGCGAGCAGUGAAUGACAGAGCUUCUCUGUUCUCUGGACCAAGUGCAGAGGGGCUCCCGGCCAAAUUUGACUGGAGGGACAAAGCAAUGGUUGCACCAGUCCAGAACCAACUGGCAUGUGGGAGUUGUUGGGCAUUUAGCGUGGUUGGUGCCAUACAGUCUGUUCAUGCUAUAGGAGGCGCGCAGCUGGAGCAGCUCAGUGUGCAGCAGGUUCUCGACUGCUCCUACAACAACGCGGGCUGUAAUGGAGGCUCCACAUCACAGGCUCUGAAUUGGUUAAAUCGUACCAGGGUGAAGCUGGUGCCUCAUUCAGAGUAUCCCUACAAGGCCAAAAUGGGAAUCUGCCAUUUUUUCUCCCAGUCACAUGCUGGCGUUGCUGUGAAGAACUUUAAUACAUAUGACUUCAGUGGUCAAGAGGAGGCAAUGAUGGGUCAUCUAGCAGAGAAUGGUCCUCUGGCUGCUAUUGUGGAUGCUAUCAGCUGGCAGGAUUACCUGGGAGGCAUCAUCCAGCAUCACUGCUCCAGCCACAGAGCUAACCAUGCUGUUCUGAUCGUUGGAUACGACACUACUGGGGAUAUUCCAUACUGGAUAGUGCAAAACUCCUGGGGAACAAGCUGGGGGAACGCAGGUUAUGUUUAUAUAAAAAUUGGCGGCAACAUCUGUGGUAUUGCCGAUCACGUGGCAGCUGUUUUUGUGUAAAUCUCAGUCCGAGCCAUCACAUGUGUUUGUUUGUAUGUUUACCAAUGCAAAAAUUGAAAUCUGUCACUUUAAAUAAUUUUUUUAUUGAUAUGUCACUAUCUUGCAGCACUAAAACAAAAUAAAUCACUUCAUACCAUGA